GACUCAGCACGUGUGUGCGCUGACUCAGCCCGGGGGCCGAUAAAGCCGCGGCGGCCGCGCCCGCCCUGGGUUUCGGGUCUUUGUCGCUGAUCCCCGCGGCGCCAUGGAGCUCCCGUGGCUGGGCGAGCACUGCUCCGAGCGCACCUGCAAACAGCUGGAUUUCCUUCCUCUGAAAUGCAAUGCAUGUGGGGAAGUCUUCUGUAAAGAUCACAUCCGUUAUGAUGACCACAAGUGCAGCUCUGCCUACAAAAAAAAUGUGCAGGUCCCAGUGUGUCCCCUCUGUAACACACCUAUCCCAGUGCAGAAGGGAGAAAUCCCAGAUAUUGUGGUUGGAGCCCACAUAGACAAGGCCUGCAAGUACAAUCCAGCACAGCAAAAGCAGAAGAUCUUCACAAACAAAUGCUUAAAGCCAGGCUGCAAAAGGAAAGAGAUGAUGAAGGUGGUUUGUGAACAGUGUGGUGGCAGCUUCUGCAUAAAACAUCGGCAUCCUCUGGAUCAUGACUGCAAAGGGAGCAGCCAGCCCAUCUCCAAGGCAGGAUACGCAGCUCUGAUGAGAGCAUCUCAUCCCGCCUUCCAGUCCCCGGGAGCGAUUGCAGUGCCAUCUAAUGGGAAUCGUCAGCACAACAGGUGCAGAUAGCAGAGGCUCUUCACAUCUGGAUCAAACCUUUAAAAUAAAUGUUAAUAUUUUCUCUCUUUAAAUUUUUAUGUAAUUAACUUAUUUUUGUAUCAUAAUUUUGUACGCAUUCAAUAAACUCUCACCCUUUCCAA